CCCCCCCCCCCCUUCCCAAGUCAAUCAUCUUCCAUUCAUAUCCCAGAUACAAUGAUCAGUCUCUCCAAUAUUCUCCUGCUCAUUGCUAGUGCUGCUACAGUAGCUGGGGCACCAGCUCCUGUUACAGCACAGGAAACUAAGCAAGCUCUCCCAUUCAGUCAAUCGUCGUGGAAUGAAGGUGCUGUCACUAAAUAUCCAAUCCACUUGAGUUGCAACGCAACUCAACGUCGCCAGCUAGAGAUUGCGCUGGAAGAGACAAUUGAUCUUGCGUCCCAUGCCAGAGAUCACAUAUUGCGUUGGGGCAACCAAAGUGAGAUCUACAGGAAAUACUUCGGUAACAGACCCUCCUUAGAAGCAAUUGGAGCGUAUGAAGUCAUUAUCAGUGGCGACAAAGGGGGAGUCCUAUUCCGUUGUGAUAAUCCAGACGGCAAUUGUGAUUUGGAAGGGUACGGGGGUCAUUGGAGAGGGGAAAAUGCCACUGAUGAAACCGUGAUCUGUGAUCUCAGCUAUGAAACUCGUCGCUCAUUGUCCACUAUGUGUGCACUCGGAUACAAUGUCGCCGAUUCUAAGACGAACACCUUCUGGGCGGGCGACCUUUUACAUCGACUGUACCAUAUGCCAGCAGUUGGUCAAGCUUUGGUUGAACAUUUUUCGAGUGAUUACGACGAAGCACUUGAACUAGCGGCCAACAAUGGAUCUCUCUCGACGCAUAACUCGGACACAUUGCAGUACUUUGCCCUGGAGUCUUACGCUUACGACAUCGCUGUACCUGGGGUUGGAUGUCCAGGUCCUGAGCACACCCAUAGUCAUGAGACUCAGCCCACAGUUACCACGAGUGCCACAAGUACUACCACAGAAGCUCCAUCAACAACGUCUGAACUACCUCCUAACUGCCACACUCAUGAGGGAGGAGACGUUCAUUGUACUUGAAAGAGUCUAGAUGCACAAUAAAUCAAGUGCUUUUUUAGCGAUAGUACCUAUCGCAAAGUGCAGAUAAGUUGGAACUAUUAAUACUAGUAGCCAUGCAAUUAGCAGCAAGAUUAUAAAGCUACUUGUCCCUAAUUUCACACAGAUCAGAAUAAAUCUAUUUGGACUUUCUCAAGUG